AUGCUACAAUUGAAUCAAGGAGCUUUCAGCUCCUCAGAGGUGCGUCAGCUGAGGUUUUCUAACCCUGCCUUCAUCUCUAGGGAGAAAGAUCUCGAUGAGGUCCUGCAGACACACACAGUAUUUGUCAACGUUUCCAAAGGCCAGGUGGCAAAGAAGGAAGAUCUCGUUAAAGCAUUUGGGACGGAUGACCAAACAGAAAUCUGUAAGAUGAUUUUAUCAAAAGGGGAGCUGCAGGUAUCAGACAAGGAACGACACACACAGCUGGAGCAGAUGUUUAGAGACAUCGCAACUAUUGUGGCUGACAAAUGUGUGAAUCCCGAAACAAAGAGGCCAUACACAGUAAUUCUUAUAGAAAGAGCCAUGAAGGAUAUUCACUACUCUGUCAAACCACACAAGAGCACGAAGCAGCAGGCACUGGAAGUGAUCAGACAGUUAAAGGAGACCAUGCAAAUUGAACGUGCUCACAUGAGGCUGCGAUUUAUUCUUCCACCAAAGGAGGGGAAGAAACUGAAAGAGAAGCUCAAGCCACUGAUUAAAGUUAUUGAGAACGAAGACUUCCAUGAACAGUUGGAAAUUGUGUGCCUUAUUGACCCAGGCUGCUUCAGAGAGAUUGAUGAGCUGAUCCGGAGUGAGACAAAAGGAAAAGGAACACUGGAAGUGCUCAGUCUGAAAGACGUGGAGGAAGGAGAUGAAAAGCUUGAAUAACAAAAACCGUCCUGGAGCUGUUCUACUUUAACAACAUCCUACGAAAUGACUGGCGUUAGCCACUCUCUUCUGUUAGGGCUUCAUGUUUUUUCCAGUCUCUUGCUGCCAAAUACUUUCUGACACUAAUCCUUUGGGAUUUUUCCAUGCAGUGUGGGUUUUUUUUUUAUCAUUUUACACUUGCUUGGUUUACAAAUGGGUUUGCCUGUAGGAACAUUUUGUGUCAGAGUUGCACUAGUGAGGAUUGAGUUAAGACCCGAUACGGAAGUUACUCGAGCUUUGGUUUACUUUAAGAGUUGCUGUUGAAGAGUGUUUGACUGAUACGGUGCCAAUCAUUUUUACUUUAAGGUGUCAGUGUUGAGUGGAAGAUUGCGUAGGUCACUGAGGGGUGGGUUUUGUAUUUGAGGAGAGAAACGAGAGCUGCAUUUUCACUU